AUGUUUUGUCUUUCUUCCAGUUCAUCCAAAUUAAAUGAUCAGGCUUUGUUUCCUGAAGAUUUCUUUGCGUGCAGCAGAAGUCCAGCAUCUGGUAAGAUCUAUGAUUUUACGGUCACUGAUAUUGACGGUAAUGAAGUUCAACUGAGAAAGUACCUAGGACAGGAACCCGGGACUGAUCAAGAAAUAAAACAGCGCGUGUUAGCGAAGUAUAAUGUGACAUUCGAUUUGUUCCACAAAAUUGAUGUCAAUGGUGAAAAUGCUAUUCCGUUGUACAAGUUUCUGAAACAGUCACUAUCGUCCUGGUUUUCCAGAGAAAUUGAAUGGAAUUUCGUGAAAUUUCUAGUUGGCAGAAAUGGUACUCCUGUAUCUCGUUACAGUUCGAUAACUCCACCUAACAGUAUGGAAGCUGAAAUUCGAAAGUUACUUGGCCUUUCUAAUGAAUUAUAA